AGGGUGUUUGGGAAGGAAGCAUCAUGGACUGGCCUGUAUUGGCAUCACUAGGGCUCCAUUCCAGACUCGUGUGACCUUGGGCCAGACCCUGCCCUUCCCUGAGCCCGUUUCUCCAUCUGGUCUGGCCCCCAUGUAUGAAUUACUGUCCCACAGAAGGACGGAGGGCGGGGGGGCAUGCGCUGCUGCUCCAACCCUGACAGGCACACACCCCUCCCCCAGAUCAUAGCCUUUGAUGAGCUGCGGACCGACUUUAAGAACCCCAUCGACCAGGGGAACCCAGCGCGGGCACGCGAGCGUUUAAAAAACAUCGAACGCAUCUGCUGCCUCCUGAGGAAGCUGGUGGUCCCAGAGUACUCCAUCCACGGCCUCUUCUGUCUGAUGUUUCUGUGUGCAGCGGAGUGGGUGACCCUGGGCCUCAACAUCCCCCUCCUCUUCUACCACCUCUGGAGGUACUUCCACCGCCCUGCGGAUGGCUCUGAGGUCAUGUAUGAUGCAGUCUCCAUCAUGAAUGCCGACAUCCUCAACUACUGCCAGAAGGAGUCCUGGUGCAAACUCGCCUUCUACCUGCUCUCCUUCUUCUAUUAUCUGUACAGUAUGGUUUAUACGCUGGUGAGUUUCUAAGGGGAAAGCCGGCCAGGGAGCGAGCCCAGAACGGACCGGACGCCUGUGCACCCCCAGCCCUGCUCCUCGGCCGCAGUGGCCUCAGCCCUGAGGAGGGAAGGGGCACUGGUGCCCCCGGCCUCCUCUCCACCCCCCAAACUGCUGCUGCGGGGACCUCCCGCCUUCAGAGCCCACUCCCCUUGGACUAGGGCUGGGCAGAGCUCUAAAUAGGGGCAGGAGCUCCUCUGCCAGCCUGUGGGCAUGGCGGUCAGCUGGAAGGGGCUG